AUGGGGGAAGGGCUUCCUGAAAGCAUGAAAAUGGAGAGACAGCUUCGUGAAGCAGCAUUGCAAGGGAAUGCAGAGUCCUUGUCCGAUUUGCUUGAAAAAGACAAUCUAAUUCUUGAUAGAGUGGUUGUGGGUUGCAUCAGAGAGUCUCCUUUGCACAUAGCAGCAACCCGCGGUCACAUUGAUUUUGUUAAACUGCUCUUGAGCCACAAGCUUGAACUUGCUCGCCUCAAAGACCCACGAGGACAUACUCCGCUUCACUUGGCAACAGCAAGAGGGCACCUUGAAAUCGUGAAAGCUUUGCUGGAUCAAGAUUCUGGCCCUGGCCUCUGCCUUGCUCACGAUACAGAUGGAAUGAUUCCUCUCCAUCUAGCAGCAAUUGAAGGCCAAGUGGAUGCCAUUAAAGAGCUAGUUAUGGAGAAACCUGGAACGGUUCUUCAACUUGUUGGUCGUGGUGAGACCAUUCUGCACUUCUGUGUCAAGCAUGGGCGCUUGAAUGUGUUGGAGCAGCUGCUGGAUUUAAUGAGUAACCCCGAUAAGUUUGUAAACGUCGGGGAUGCUGAUGGCAAUACUACUGUUUCUGCAUUUUUCUGUAGCCGACUUAUUCAUUGCUUCCAAUUAUCACAGUUUUUGACUUUUGUAUAA